AUGACGACGACGACAACCACGACCGAAUUCACGGAUGUUGCACCCACAUCGCAAGAUUUGAAGUCAAACUUACCUACUAUUCGAAGCAAUCAUGCACCCGCGCAAAGUUUUCGCUUUCAGGACGUCUUGAUACCACAGCAAUGCGGCAAAGGAAAGGCCAAGAGAUACCAUCAGACGCGCACACUUGUACAGUAUGCCUUUCUCACAUUCACAGGCCUAGCCGUGUUCUACAAGAUCGAUGAUCCACAAGCGCGUGUGGCUGGAAUCGGUCUUCUCUUCCCAGGAGCAGGCUUCGUUGCAGUCUGCACCGUUCCCUCCAUCUUGGCACUUUUUUUAACACUAGGCGCUGUUCCACUUAUCCUUUUUAUGUGGUUCGGUUGCGGCGGACUUAUUUUUCCGAUUCUGUUGUGGGUAGGAUCCGAUCUGCUUGCUGUUGCGCUUGCGAGGGACACUGUAUUGGAAGCAGCAGGACCCAUCGUUACAGGGGCAUGUAUCCUCGGCAUAACAUAUGUAACAUGGCAGACACAGACUGCAAAUCAAGAAGCCGAAAAGAGGCGCGAGCAACGCAAUGCAUACCUGGUAAACGCAGUCCAAGAGAACCAGGCCAAGGCCCAGCCAGCUCCACCUCCAGGAUCACGAGAGGCCGACGAGCGAACGCUCCGAUUCCUUCAGUGGGUACUUGAAUUAGGUCUUUCACCCGUAGAUGACUUCUCCUACCAUGAUGUGAUUGAUCAGUUCCAGACUUCGGCAAUUCGAUAUCAGCUCUACCAGGGCAUAUAUGAACUUACAGCCUACCAAAAUCAUUACUGUCCGAACUUCCACGGCUAUCUUUCCAAAGCAGAGAGGGGCUUGAUCGAAAAGUCCAUGUCGAAAAGGGUGAUGAAUUUCUGGAAAUGGGAGUCACUCAUGGGGAAGUUCACGCUAGAUUGGGAUCCUGUGAAGGAAGACAACAUUAUGGUAUCUGGAUACAUCCUGCUCGGAGCUGCACUGUACCAGAUCGUGACUCGUGAUGAUCGAUAUGCCAAGGAGAACUCAAUGGAGUUUGUUGUUACAGAUGGCGCCCGGUACAAAUACGACUUGGGCUCGAUCGCUGAUGCCGUCUUCCGCAAUAUGGACCAAAAUCCGUACAAUCUCUAUCCAUGCGAGCCGAACUGGAUAUACUCGCUCUGUAAUUUGGUGGGCAUAAGUGGCAUAGUCGCGUCUGACAAGGUUCUGGGCAACGACUACGGCGCUAGGCUCAAAGGUCGGUUCGAAGCGGCCCUGGCCAGCGAGUUUUCCAACGCCGACGGCACGAUCUUGCCAAUUCGAAGUGAGUUGACGGGCUUCACGAUUCCUGGACUUGCAGGCGCAAUCUCCGACGUAGCUCCCAGUGUAUUCUGCGGACCAUAUCUUCCGCACGUUGCACAUCGCCAUUGGGCGAUCAUGAAGCAGGAAAACUUGUGUUGGACAAACGACGGACAUCUCGAGUUGACAAAUCUUGUUGGAGCUGACAAUCUUGAUCCCGGCAACUACAGGAGUGGUCGUGGCUAUGUCCGAGUCGCCAUGGCAAGCGUCGCAACCGAAUUUGGGGAUGAUAAGAUUCGCGACGAGUUGAUACGGCAGACGGACGAAGAGCAGUUUCCGGUGUACGAAACGCGCACUGGCGCACUGAAGAAUAAAGGUCUAUCCACUCUUGGCCAGAUCAAUACUUUGAGGAGCAGAUUAGGUGCUCAUGGCGAUUGGAAUAGUCUUCUCAAGGAUGGACCGCCAGAACACUGCUUUCGCGCUCCAGUUCUGGAUGACGUGCCCUUCCCUGAGGUCCUCGUUGGAAAGGCGUAUUCGCAUGACGGAGAAUCGGUCGAACUAGUGCUUUAUAAUGGAAGAAGGGCGGGAAACUUCACUCUAGGCUUCAAGAACAUGAAGGCAGGUAGAGCUUACAGGCUGGGCUCACAGACUGCGGUGGCAGACCACAAAGGUGAGGCUAAGCUGUCAGUCUCAAUCGACGGAAGAACGGCGAUCACUCUGCAUCCCGUAGAGCAGACAUAG